CCUAUUUCACAUUAUGAGUCCAAACUAGUUCGAAGACUUCGCAAAUACCUUAAAAGGACGAUCGGCCCUGAUAUUUCAUUUCUGUAAGAUACCUACGUUUCAAGACUGCAAUUCUCUUCGGCAACCUCUUGCCAGUGGUGGAGAUUGAAGACAGACUAGGAAGUUAGCCAUGGGACCUGGCGGACCUGGAGGAGGACCAGGAGGACCUGGUGGUUGGGGAGGAGGACCAGGAGGGCCUGGUGGAUUUGGGCCUGGGGGUCCUGGAGGUCCCUGGGGCCCUGGAUUUGGAGGCCCUGGUUUUGGGCCUGGUGGUUUCUUUGGUGGCUUUGCUAAUGGCUUGUGCAAUAUGAUUUCUUCUUGCUUCUACUGCCUGUGCUGUUGUUGGCUACUACAGGACUGCUUUGGUGGACCCCGUGGCUAUGGCCCUCCCCCAUUCUAAUCUUUUGUGUUUGUUGAACAGCAGUCAUCUGCUGGCUGCUGCUCCCGUUCUGUUGUGUCUUUCCUUAAACCUUACAAUACAGUUCUACAGUUUCUUAAUUGCUGUCCACUUUGUUUUGUUGUUUCCAAUUCUCUUCUUAUCUAUUACCAUGCACACUGGUAUCAGAAUUAAUAAAUGCUAUAAUCUGAUUAAUUGGCUU